AGGGCGUUUUAUACUGACUUUGUCUGCUCCAUUGCACCAAAAAAAGCGUUAGUCUUAGUAUUUAUAACUGCUGUCCCAGUUGACAAAAUGGGAAAAUAUGGAUUUUUAUUGAUCACCUCAGCUAUUGUUGUGUUAUAUAACACGGUUGAAGUUUCUUCGCAAUGCCAAUCAAUUGGAUGUGGCGAUUGUUAUACGUGGUGUGCGCCUGUACACUGCAGUUACCCAACCGGUCAGCUAUAUUGCAGAGCUACGUGUGGAAGCUGUCCAAAUGAACAAUGCAGGGCAGCUGGAUGUAGCCAUACUUGUAACCCCAACACCAAUCCAGUAACCUGUACAUGUAACGCGGGGUACGAGCUGCAAGCGGACGGAAAAACUUGUCUUGAUAUAAACGAAUGCGAGAGAAGUAGUAACCUGUGUACCAAUCCAACGUCGCCACGAUGCAAGAACACACCGGGGUCCUACAUCUGUACAGGUUGCGGGGCAGACUCGAACACUGUUUGGCAAUAUUAUAACAGAACAGAAUGCUGUAAGAUAGACACAGCUUCACAAUGCGGUACAAGUUCAACAACAGGUGGUCGAAUCGUAGGAGGCGAGUUAGCAGUCAUAGCAAACUGGCCGUGGUCGGCGUACAUUAAAAUCGGUUCAACAUUGUGCACGGGCGCUCUAAUUAAACGGAACGUCGUAUUGACAGCAGCUCACUGUCUCGCAAACCGCGUUACAAAUCUAGACGAGCUUAGAAUAUAUCUUGGGGUCCAGAAUAUUAGCGAUACGGGAAACAUUCAUUCUCAACACAUUGCUGCUCUGAGGUAUGUGCAACACCCUAACUUCGACUCGAGUACUUUGGAAAACGAUAUCGCAAUAAUUUUCUUGCGGACGGAAGCGACCAUUGGCGAUUACGUCAAUACUAUUUGUUUGCCCAACGGAGAGCAAAUCGCGGAAGGAACAAAAUGUUGGGCAACUGGUUACGGAGCUAUAAGCGAAGGUGGCCCUCUUUCUCAAACGCUUCGACAGGUUGCUCUGCCCAUAGCGAACUCCCAAACAUGCGUUCAAAAUUACGCCAGGAUUUCGCGAACCGUUAAUCCAGUCAAAACUAUGUGCGCUGGAUACGAACAGGGUGGAAGAGACUCGUGCCAAGGUGAUUCGGGCGGCCCAUUAGUAUGUCAGCGGUGCAACAGUUGUAACUGGUUUCUGGCUGGUUUGGUAUCAUUCGGCAGAGGAUGUGCCCGAGUAGGGAUGUUUGGUAUAUACAGUAGGAUGACAUAUUUUGAACAGUGGAUCGCAUCUCAAACAGGAAUGAACCACAGCCCUCGAUCGUGCGUUAGACCAUCAUGGUCUAAUUGGAGCGCAUGGUCCCAGGAUUGCCCUAGUUGUGGGGCAGGAACGAGAACUAAAACCAGGAGUUGUACAAAUGGUGUGGUUGGUGACCCAGGGUGCGAUGGGUCCGCUACUAUGACCGGAAGUUGCCCAAACAACCCGUGUUCAAGCGGCAGCUGGGGCGAUUACCAACAGUGGUCCACAUGCACGGUUAGCUGUGGAGGAGGUACAAGAACCAGAACUCGAAGCUGUAAUGGUGGUUCGGUUGGUAGCAUCGGAUGUCCGGGAGAAGAAUCUCAAACCGAGCCAUGCAACACUUACAAUUGCCCGGGUUGGAACAACUGGGGCAAUUGGGGUGAAUGUACUGCAUCUUGCGGAGGUGGGACAAGAGAAGCGACCAGAACAUGCAACACCUUUGGACAGGCGGGGGCUACCUGUUCUGGCGAUGCCACAAAAUCUGAAGCAUGUAACACAACACCUUGUCCAACUUGGGGUGAAUGGCAAUGGGAUUCAUGCAGUAAUACAUGCGGUGGGGGCACAAGAACUGGCACACGGACGUGUAAUAAACACGGUGGGACAUUGGAAUGUACUGGAUCAGCAACUACAUCGGAGAGUUGUGGAAAUGCUGCAUGUGUAGGUGCUUCGUGGGGCGAUUUUGGUGCGUGGUCCGCUUGUACAGCCAGUUGCAACGGUGGUACACGAACGCGCACAAGGUCUUGCAACCAAGGGUCAAUCGGGAGCAAUGGAUGUCCUUCUGGCGGCGAAUCUGAGUUGGAACCAUGCAAUACGUUUGGUUGUCCAACUUGGAACGACAUGGUAUGGGGCGAUUGUUCCGUAACUUGUGGGGGUGGAACACGGACAGGUACAAGGACUUGCAACAGGAACGGCGGGACAGCUGAUUGCGUGGGAUCGAAUACAGUAACAGGAGUUUGCGGCGCUGCACAAUGUGCAACCUCGUCAUGUGUGGACACAUUGGGUGAUUGUAGUGAUUACUCCUCUCUUUGUUCUUCUCUAGCUCAUCAGUCAUUAUUGCAAAGUAUCUGCCCACAAACAUGUGGAUUUUGUGGAUCUUCAACUGGUAGUUGGGAUGAGUGGACAAACAGUGGAGGUUGUUCACUGACUUGUGGAGGCGGUACACAGCAACAGACAAGAACCUGCACGGGUGGAACUGCAGGCGCUGGUGGUUGUCCUGGAUCUUCAACACAAACGAUUGCUUGUAACCAACAAGCUUGCCCCCCACAGGGCAGUUGGAGUGGCUGGUCAAAUAGUGGGACUUGUACAGUAACUUGUGGUGGUGGCACUCAACAGCAGAUAAGAACAUGCAAUGGUGGAACUGCAGGCGCUGGUGGUUGUCCUGGAUCUUCAACACAAACGAUUGCUUGUAACCAACAAGCUUGCCCCCCACAGGGCAGUUGGGGUGGCUGGUCAAAUAGUGGGACUUGUUCAUUGACUUGUGGUGGUGGCACUCAACAGCAGAUAAGAACAUGCAAUGGUGGAACUGCAGGCGCUGGUGGUUGUCCUGGAUCUUCAACACAAACGAUUGCUUGUAACCAACAAGCUUGCCCCCCACAGGGCAGUUGGGGUGGCUGGUCAAAUAGUGGGACUUGUUCAUUGACUUGUGGUGGUGGCACUCAACAGCAGAUAAGAACAUGCAAUGGUGGAACUGCAGGCGCUGGUGGUUGUCCUGGAUCUACAACACAAACGAUUGCCUGCAAUGGGCAGGCUUGCCCAUCAAGUGGGUCCUGGGGUGGCUGGAUAAAUGUUGGGACUUGUUCUACAAGCUGCAUGCAAGCACAGACGCGUCAGUGCAAUGGUGGAACAGCAGGUCAAGGUGGAUGUUCUGGCUUGUCCUCACGAAUACAAUCAUGUACGGGUGGAGCAUGUCCAACACAGACCGGAUCAUGCAGCAAUUUAAGGGACUUACAAGCACCUGCAACCUGCCGUAACUGGGCUAGCUUCAACUACUGUACGAAUUAUGCGGGUUACAUGUUAGCUAACUGCGCUAAAUCCUGCUGUGAACGAAAUGCAGGUGCAUCUUCUACUGCUUGUAGUACAAUCUUUGAUUCAUUUGGUACUUGGUGCACGGCAACAACUUUAGACUGUAGUAAUGCAUAUAUAUUGUAUGUGUGUGCAAGAACAUGCAAUCCACUCUGCAGUGCUGCUGGUUGAAGUGUCUUCUAUUCAGAUUAAUAACUGUUUUGAACUGCUGACCACUUUAUUCCAGAGCACCCGGUUUUAAAAUUGCCAAGUUUCUGUUCCUCGCAUUAAAAGAUAAAAAGGACAACA